ACCGCCGGCAGGAUUCUGCCCCUCCAUGACAUCCAGCGGGACUGAGACUGACUGCUGCCGCUGCUGCGUCAAAUACAUGAUCCGCCUAAUCCCUCAGCCCUCCUCGAGCUCCGGGACUGCUAGAUAAUAACGCGCUCGAGCGGAAUCCGCAGGCCUACCGGACGCAGAGGCGGACAUAACGGCGCUCUGGUGGCUUGAAUUGACCGGGGUUCGUCGAGGAUGAGGCUGAUCGAGAGCACACAUGCGGACGGACAGGAGAAGCGCGAGCUGCCUCCUCCGUUCAGGAACCCGUUCGUGCACGACCUACGGUUCACGACGGCGCAGAAGCUGCAGAUCGGUUUUAUGACGGUGACGCUCUUCCCCAUCCGGCUCUUCAUAGCGGCGUUCAUGAUGCUGCUGGCCUGGCCGUUUGCCUUCAUCGCUUCGGUGGGCCGCUCCGAGACAGCGGUGGAGCCGCAGUGCUUAUGGAGAAAGCUGGUGGACGUGGUGCUGAGGACCAUCAUGCGGGUCAUGUGGUUUGCCGGCGGUUUCCAUUGGAUCAGCAUUAAGGGCAGACAGGCUCUGCCCGCAGAAGCGGCCAUCCUCACCCUCGGCCCGCACUCGUCCUACUUCGACGCCAUUCCCGUCACCAUGACCAUGGCUUCUAUCGUGAUGAAAGCGGAGAGCAAAGACAUCCCGGUGUGGGGCACUCUCAUCAAAUACAUCCGGCCCGUGUUCGUGUCGCGCUCGGAUCAGGACUCCAGACGGCAGACGGUGGAGGAGAUCAAGAGAAGAGCUCAUUCAGGAGGAGAGUGGCCGCAGAUAAUGAUCUUUCCAGAAGGGACGUGCACCAAUAGAUCCUGCCUGAUCACAUUCAAACCAGGUGAUAUUCUCCUCGAGACUCGCGAGGUGUCGUCGGACUCUACGUAUGAGCUGAGUAUCAGUGAUGUUCUGAUCAGGCGCUCGUAUCCGUGCAUCUGCGUCUGUUCUGUGGAGUGCAGAUCCUCCAGACUCUUGUCAUUAGAAGUCAUUAAGCGAUGCGCUGAUGCACACAGACGAGGCUUCAGUGUGCUUUUCUCUUUCUCUCAGUAUCUGCCCAUUUACUCGCCCUCAGAGGAGGAGAAGAAGAACCCAGCGCUCUUCGCUCACAACGUGCGCCGCUUGAUGGCAAAGGCCCUGCAGGUCCCCGUCACAGACUACUCGUUCGAGGACUGUCAGCUGGCCACGGCGCAGGCUCCGAUCCGGCUGCCCAUCGACACGGCUCUGCUGGAGUUCGCUAAGCUGCUGCGCGCUCUGGGGCUGAAGCGUGUGAACUCGGAGAAGCUCCUGCAGGAUUAUGGGAAGCGCGCUCGUGAACUGCAGGAUCAGAGACUGAGUCUGGAGGACUUCGCCCGGUUCCUCGAGCUGCCCGCGUCAGACGAGCUCAGACACACGUUCGCGCUCUUUGACGAGAACGAAGACCACUCGAUGGACGUCCGGGAGUUUGUGAUCGCCUUCUCUGUGGUGUGUCGGCCUGCAAAAACACUGGACACCAUCAGGCUGGCCUUCCAGAUGUUUGAGGCGGAGGAGGACGGUGCGAUCACAGAGAACGAGCUGGUGUGCAUCUUGAGGACGGCGCUGGGCCUCGGAGAGCUCAAGGUCAGCCGUCUGUUCAGAGCCGUCGAUGAAGAGGACUCGGGCAAAAUCACCUUCGAGCGCUUCGGGGAGUUUGUGGAUCAGCAUCCAGACUUCGCCGAGCAGUACCUCUACUCAGACAACGCAGGGUUCGGCAGCAGCUCCCCGUCCCACGCCACCAACGGCUUCUGCGCCGACUUCAGCCCGAGAGAGCAGAAGAAACUCGACUGAGCCUCGCUGCGAUCAACGUUUACUUCCUGCUGUCCGUGACAUCUGAUUGGUUCCUUACGCUUGCUGGUUUUCUCUUCCCCUCAGCAUCAUUAUUUUAAAAGCAAAUUUAAGGGAAUUUGUUUUGGGGUUUUUUUGGUAAAACAAAUACUUGAAAGCCAAGCACUUAUUUUGUUUCUCGUGGGGUCAUUUAUUUGUGUGACUGACCGACUGUGCAUGUUUUUGAAAUACGGGAUGAAAAUGAUGCAAGUGAGCUAAAAGUCCAAGCUGUUUCUCGCGCUCUCAUUCAGUCCACGUCUUUUGUUUUCUGUCUUUCACGACUGUAGAUGCCUUUAUGAAUUCAUAAGUGAGUAUUUGCAUGGGCUCGAUGCUUGAUAAGAG